UUUUAAAUGUUAAACUUCAUGACAGUGCAGAUAAAGACUGAACAAGUAUCGUUUAUGGCAGCACAGCUUAGGUUUGCAAAAAUUCAGUGGAACAAACCUUAAAGUCUGGAACAAUGCUGUUUGGACAGGCAAAACUAUAUUGGAGAUGUUUGGACGUUAUGCACUAACACCUCAUACCAGCUGUUAAGCACUUUGGUUGAGGGCUGAUGAUUUGGGCUUGUUUUGCAGGCAAAGGACCUGGACAACUUAAACCCAUUAGACUGAUGGUGAAAUUCUCUAUAUAUCAAAGUGUUCUAGAGUCAGAAGUGAGGCCACAAGUCUGACAGCUAACAUUUGGCCCAAUUUAGGCCAUGCAAUGGGGCAAUGAUCCCAAGCACAGAAGCAAAUCUCCAUCAGAAUGUUUGGAAACAAGAACAAGUGUUGCAAUAGUCCAGUCAAACUCCAGAUCUCAACCCAAAAUGAAUUGAAGCAAUGCUGUAAAGAAGAGUAGGCCUCUUCUUUUUGUUCCACAAGGACUUGCAGUUUUCUCUAAUGGUGACCAAACUAAAACACCUCAAGCUAUUCAAAAUCCUCUAACUGUAGUUCAGUCUUUAGCUAUUUCACAAUCAAUCAUUUAAGCACCGUGUUCAAAAUCUUGUACUUCCAUAAAUGUUAAACAUAUUCUCUUUCUGGAAUAAGACAAUGUUUAAAACUGAUUUUCUCUUAAAAUUCAUAUUUGUUUUAAGUUUAAUUACAUUUAGUGUCAAAAAUAUUUUCAGUAAAAGAACCAAAAACAAUAAAACCCCUCUGCAGCUGUUCUGGACAUAAACCUGAUAACAUUACUGAAUGGCCUGAAUGAAUUAUAGGCUUAUAUAGUCAGAUGUGGUGAUAUUGCAUCAUAUAUCUCAGAUACAUAGUUUUUUCACUAAAAUCAUUGUGUGUGUGUUUAUGUACCUGUGUGUGUCUUACGAGGCUGGCAUGCCUGAACACAGUUAAACUCAGGAGGAAACUGUAGAUUAUCAAAUUCCUCAUGUGUGGACCAGCUGUGCUUGCAUGUUGUGUGUGUUCAGACAGAAGCUGUGGUUUGGCCCUCACUGAGGUCUCUGAGAAGUGCUUAUGUGGCACCUCAACGCCCCUUUAUUUUACAGCCCUGUGUCUUUCCUCUGCCUCCUCUGUGGCCUUUAUUUUACUUUACAUGAGUUAUUGUUGCAUCUCUGAAACAUGAUUUCUUACAUUUAAUAUAAUUAAACAAUCAGCCGUGACGUAGCUUAAAUUAACAACUUGAGAUUUCAUCUUUUCACUCAGUACUCCACGUCUUCAUCUUUACUCCGAGCUCUCCCACCGUCUCCGUUUUUCUGUCUUUAAUUACGGUGCCUCCAAUUGGCUGGAAGUUUCAGCCAAUCAGGCAUCUUCUUGGGGUGGCCCUUGACCCCCCUCAGGUAAUCCUGCUGAGCCUUUUUUAGUGCGUGUCAGAGAUGAUGGGCUCACUUUAAAACGUUGCUGGAUCCUUUUGUCAGAUCAGUCUGUAAGAAGAGCUGCAGGAGCAGGGUGUACGAGGAGUCUCUAACACACGCACAAACCCCUCCCACGUACACACCUGGUGGACCGAGCUUCAUCCGAGUCCACUUUGGAUCCUCUGGAAGGAAACCCUGAAGUCAAACAACCGCAGGUCCAGUCAUGGCUGAAAGAAGACGGACCAGUUUCUCCGGUGUGUUGAUCACCGUUGUGCUGGCUGUGAUGCUGCUGCCUGCAUUCUUGUCUGCUGGACCAAUUGUGCAAAAGCCCAGAGGAGAUGCGGGGGAAAGCAUCCAGGAAAAGGCGUCUGCUGCAGCAGCACACAGGAGGCUGAUCCGCAACCGCAGGAACAUCAGCUGGUACAAACAGCACUCUGACUUCUGGGCAUGGUACAAGUACUUUACUGACAACGGCAACCAGGAGGCAAUUCAGGAGAUGGAUCGCAUCUUCCUCGCCUACCUCCAGAACAAGAACCGCGCUGAGGGACGUCGCUCCUACAAGGCCUACUUGAGUCACCUGGGAGAUGUUUACAAGUCCUGCUCCGAUUCUGAAGACCCCAACUGCGUGUCUUCCUACACCAGCAGGGCCAGUCCUAAAGCAGAACCCCCCAAACCUGCCCCAGUAAAAACCUGUGACCCCACCAAGGACCCCUACUGCAUGUACAUGGCUUUAGUCCAGGGAAAGAGCCGUUACAAGCCAUUGGUGCUCCCGGCUGCCACCCCUGCUCCUCAGUACAUCCACUCUGCUGCUCCAGCCAAGGACCCUCAGUCAGGGUACUACUACUACUCUCCCUCCACGAUGCCUUUCCUGACCAUGGAGCAGAAGGCAGAGUUGCUGCGGAUCUGUCCCUCUGAUGAUGUGGAGUGUCUGCAGUACCAUCUGAAAGCUGCUUAUGGGUAUUCUGGUGGGUCCCGUCCUUCAUAUGCCCACCUUGGCUGUGACCCCAAGAAAGAUCCUACCUGCAAAAUGGCGCAGAAAUCUCCUGCUGGUCUCUACAUGAAUGCCUAUUCUGCCUCCAGUAUGGCUCCCCAAGCUGCACCAGGAUCCUGCAAUCCUCUUUUUGAAGACGGUUGCAACCCUCUUACCGCCUCCAGAUUUUCCACUCCUCCAGAGUCAUACAAAAGUAACGAGAGAGAUCAGGCCGCUGCCAUCCGUGCUGCCCCUCCUGCUGAGCAGUAUGACCCCUAUUCCAUGUAUAGGGAUUCUUAUUCUAAUGUUAACAGAGUCACUGAUCCUUAUGCUAUGCAUCGCCAGGCCAGUGCCCCAGCUUCUCCUCCAGCUACUGAUCUCUUUGCUAUACUGCGCCAAUACAUGGCCCAAGCUCACGCUAAUGACCCAUAUGCUUCACGUAUGGGGGGUGCUUCUGAGUCAAACUCGAACGAUCCUUACUCUGCUAUGCGUGAUGCAGCAGGCGCUAUGCACCGGCACACCCCUCCCUCCCCCAGGCAGCAGCACCCUUAUUCCUAUCCCAGUUAUGAGGAACCUGCCCAGGAGGAACGCCACCCUCUGGGUCCCCCAGGUAAAACCAAGGAGGGCUACGACUGUUUCAUUGGCUAUGACCGUGAAUGCUAUCCCGCGAAGCCCAGCGCACCUCGCUCUGGAGUUCAACGCCGCAUCCCUUACCCUGCUGAGGCCUAUGAGCCCCACCUGAAUUCUGACGGCACCCGCAACGGCGUCCUGGAGCCUGAAAACCCACACUGUGACCCCGAGUAUGACCGUGACUGCCGCCUGCGUCGCUAUGAGACCGAGCAGCCUCAAAGCCAGCCUGAACGUCAUGCAGCAGCGGACCACAGCCAGACGGCAGCCGAGAGAGAGCAGGUUAAUCAGGACCAGUACGAAGCAGAGCCCUACCAGAGUGGCCAGGAGGAGUCUCACACACCCUACCAGCCUCUCUCACAAGGCAUGCCCAGCCUCCAGGACAUACUGAGGCGCUAUGGAGACCAGUAUACCAGGCAGGAUGAUCACAGAGCUUAUGGAGACAACUACCACAAGAAGUAAACAGCCUAACACGCACAAAAGCAUGCAGAUGGACAUGAAUGCACAGUCCCAUGCGUUCCUGUUGUUCAGCCCUUGAACACCUCAUGCCCCGAGAAACCAGUUCUAUCUGGACCAGAGGUGGGACACAGGUGAAUUUGAUGGACCCAGAGAGCAAGUACAUGCAUGUACAUCCCAACCACGGCUUCUUGCUUUGGGAGCCUGCUAAAAACUUUCCUGGAACGCCUUCCUAUAACUUUAGUUGCUUCGGGCCUGAUGCUUUGAUUUAUUGCUUUUUACUUUCUACCUUAAAGUCUCCUCUGUGCUUUCAAGUGUGUAAUGACCUCGCAACUCUCAGCUUUGCUUCUGUAUCUGUGCAUUUUUUUUAAAAUGAAAUAUUGUUUAUUGCUUUUUGACACAGAUGGAUUGUCAUUUUUUUUUUUUUCAUUUUAAUUGUUCUAAUAAAAAAUACAGAAAUAUG